UCCCUCCUCUCUUCCUCCUUCCUUCUUCCCUUCCUUCUCUCUUCUCCUCCCCUCCCAAUUAUACCAUACCCACAUCAAUUGCUUCAUCCAUACCAUCCUACACACUCAAUUCCUUCCUCCCAUCCCACCAUCUUGAGACCCUAGAAUCGAUCAAAAACACAAUGGUUCUCGCACGCCCUCAGAUCCUCCGCGCCUCCGCCCGAGCCCUCGGCACCGUGCGACAAACUGUGCCCACCCAGCAAUUCGCUCGUCGAACAUACGCCCAAGCCGCCGAAUCGACCAACAAGUCCUCCGAUCUUCCUUGGCUCAUCGGCUCCCUCGGCCUCGGCAUCCCAGGAGCCUACUACCUCCUGGCGACGGGCCCCAAAGCCGCCGCCUCCUCACACGACACGCCGGACACGCACCACCACGGCGAACCCAAGGGCAAGACCUCGACCUCGGCCCCGAUCGAGAAAGAAGAAUCCGCCUCGGCCCAGGACUCGGCCGCUCAACCGGACCGGGACGCCGAACAGAAGACCGACUCGGAGUCGAGAGCAGCAGCCGUUCCUUCGACGGAUGGGAAGGCGCCGUCGGAGGCUGAUGAGCCCUCAACUCGCAAGGAAGCGGGGAAUGCGUCGACCAUCUCCGGUAAGCAGGAGGGGAUUUCCAAUGCCACUACGGAUCAUCCGCAUGUGAAUGAGCCCGGGAAGAGUGUCAAGGGGGAGGGCGAGACGGAGACGGCCAAGGUUAAGGGGACGGUGUCUCCGGAUCGUCCGCAGCAGUAGAUAGAGAACAAAAAUUCUCGUUCGCUUCGGCCGGGGGUUUCUUGUAUGAUGCAAUGUUUUUUCAUGUAUAAGACCAUGAAAUUUUUCUUGAGGAGUUGUAUGAAUCGGCAACGUACUGAUAU